UCGAAAAUAGCAGCAGAAGAAUCAGUUCUGACAGUUAGAUUUUGAUGGUGCAUGAUAUACAAGUGUAGAUUUGAACUUCACAAAAUACAAAUAGUGGAAUCAAAUCCAGGACUUAGCUAUAUCAAAAUGUCCUCAGAUAUUUACUCCAAAGUACAGUUAUCCAAGAAAGUGAGAUAUACUAGAAAUGAGCAAGAGAACAGAACAGACUGGGAGGAAAAGGAGGUAAAUAUCUACGAGUCUGCAGAAAACGUUGCUGAUUACUACUCCGUUUCUCAGCCACAGGAAGAAGGCCAACAGACACAAAGACAACCAGCUGUGAGGAAAAGUUCUUCCAGAGUAAAACUCUGCAAAAUCCUGCCAUGGGUUAUAAUGUCAGUUGCCAUCAUCACCCUGACCAUAUACUGAUGUUCUCAGAUAUUAAGUCCACUCCAGAUUUAAUCCAAAGAGUCAGAUACAGCAAAGCAAAGCAAGAAGACACAGCAGAGUGGGAGGAGAAGAAGGUUCAUAUCUAUAAUUAUAUAAAUGACAUGAUGGAUGAUUCUCAGUUGGAAGGAAGAAAACAGAUUGAAAAUCAACCUGCAGCCAACAAAGUGUCUGCUAGAUUUGCAACACUGAGCAGAGGGGUGCUGUACAUAUUGAUAUUAGCUGGGAUCAUCAGUCUGCCCAUAUACUUCACUCUGGAAAUGAAAAACACCCACAGCGAUCUUUCAGAAAUGGCAGCCAACUACAGUCAGCUACACAAGAGCUAUGAAAUACUCAGCAAAAAUCACAAUCAACUGACUGAUCAAGUAAAAAGAUUGAACGAUACAAUUACUGGAAAGAGCUGCCCAGAUGGAUGGACCCGAUUUGGAUGCAGCUGUUACUUUAAAGGCAAGGAGAAAAAAACUUGGGAUGAUAGCAGAAAAUACUGUGAGGAAAGAGGAGCUCAUCUGGUGAUCAUAAACAGUCAUGCUGAACAGGAAUUUAUAAAACAGUUCAAUAAAGAUGGAGAAUCUUGGAUUGGUCUUCAACGCAAGUGGAUAAAUGGGCAAUGGACGUAUGACUGGAAAUGGGUGGAUGAAUCACCACUGAAACAAUCGUUUUGGGGAACAGGAUGGCCAAUAUAUUAUAAGUACCAACCAUAUGCAGUAUGCUGCAAUUUUGAAGGAAAAUGGAUAACAGUAGAUUAUAACUAUUACCGCAACUGGAUUUGUGAGAAAUAAAGUUUCAAACCAGAGAAAGUAACCACCACCUUAUUUUUUUAAAAUGACGUUUAGGUUUUCUGAGUCGCAGUUCAUUGUUUAUAGUUUCUUUCUAAGGUUUAUGCAAAGGCACGAUGUAACCUAAUGACAACAGAUGAUGCUUUCAUUAAGUAUAAUCUGUAGAGUAUUUUUAACAGGCUGAGUUUGCAAAGCUUUGUCGUUGUAAUAAAUGUAAUAUUUUGACAAAUUUAAAAAAUUGUAAAGCUUCAACAUGGAUGACACAUACAAUAAAUUAUAUUCUAAAAUUGUUCAAGUAAAAGGGAGAGCUUGUUGUUUAAAUUUUAUUUUUCUUUUGUUAGCCAUGUUGCAUGAUCUGCCAUCACAUAGAUAAUAAUAAUUUUAUGAAAAAUAAAGAUUUUUUUCCCCCAGAC